UGGAGAUGCCUUAUAAAUCGGCACGUUCUACUAAUCCUGAUUAUCCGGCGCCUAUGUGUAUAUAUAGGAAAGAACUCAAAUUGCAUUAUUUUUAAAGGAACCAAAAUUUGUUGCAGACCCGAUUUCGGAGUUGCUUACUUCUCCAAUGCUGUCGGUGCACGUAAAGGAUUUCAUCACCGCUAUCUCCUCCGAUAUUUCGAUGCCCUUUGAUUUCUCUUUGAACUGUUAUCAAUCGCGGUUGCUCUUGAUAUUCCCAAAAGGGAAGUAAGAGUAAGAAAGUAAAAGAAAACCAAUUGAAAGGGUUUUUUCAAAAAAAACCAAUUGAAAGGUACCAGAAAUUAUGGCUUCUAUAUUCCGCCGCAGACUCUUGCCUGGUAACAUCGUUUGGCGUAUUGCACAAUUCAAAGAUAAUGUUGAGUUAUAUUCGCUUUCUUUGGAUAUAAAACAUAAAAUUCCUCUUGGUGUUUGUAAUUGUUCAAGGCAGUGGAGCAGUUUAGCUGGCACAAAGAAAGUGGAUUUUACAGACCUUACUCGUCCUCACACAUGGUACCCAAUUGCACGACAGAAAAAACGGAAUGUUGUUUUACAUGUGGGUCCAACAAACAGUGGUAAAACACAUCAUGCCCUCAAACAACUCCAGUCAAGUUCUUCUGGUAUUUAUUGUGGACCAUUGAGGCUGUUGGCAUGGGAGGUGGCAAAAAGGUUGAACAAGGCAAAAGUUCCUUGUGACCUUAUGACUGGGCAAGAAAGGGAGGAAGUUGAUGGUGCAAAGCAUAUGGCUGUUACUGUAGAAAUGGCUGAUGUGACUUCCAACUAUGGAUGUGCUGUUAUUGAUGAGAUUCAGAUGAUUGGGUGCAGAACAAGGGGUUACUCAUUUACACGUGCUUUAUUAGGAAUAUCUGCUGACGAGCUGCACUUGUGUGGAGAUCCUGCAGCUGUUCCUUUAAUUGAGGAAAUCCUUAAAGUGACUGGUGAUAGUCUCAAGGUUGAAUACUAUGAGAGGCUCUCACCCCUUGUCCCGUUAAAGGUUCCUUUGGGCCCUUUCUCCAACAUACGGACUGGCGACUGCAUUGUGGCCUUUUCACGUGCUAAAAUUUAUAGGUUUAAGAAACAAGUUGAAAUUGAAGGAAAGCAUCUUUGCUCUGUUGUUUAUGGUUCAUUGCCACCAGAGACUCGGACCAGACAGGCAACAAUGUUCAAUGAUGCAAACAGUGACUCUGAUGUUCUGGUGGCAAGUGAUGCGAUUGGAAUGGGUCUCAAUCUUAACAUAUCUAGAAUUAUCUUUUCUACAUUACAAAAAUUCGAUGGCGUGCAAAUGCGGGAUCUGUCUGUACCUGAGAUAAAACAGAUUGCCGGAAGGGCAGGCAGGUAUGGAUCUGAGUAUCCUGUUGGUGAAGUGACUUGUUUUUCUUAUAAGGAUCUACCUUUACUUCAUUCGGCAUUGAAUUCUCCAUCUCCUAUACUUGAGAAAGCUGGGCUAUUCCCAAACUUUGACCUUCUAUAUAUGUAUUCUCGUCUACACCCAAAGCAUGGCCUAUACCACAUACUGGAACACUUUGUAGAUAAUGCAAAGUUGUCAGCGAAUUAUUUUAUCUGUAAUAUUGAAGACUUGUUGAAAGUUGCUUCUAUUAUUGAUGAGUUACCACUUAGUUUGCAUGAUAAGUAUCUCUUUUGUAUAAGUCCUGUUGAUGUGGUCGAUGACCUCUCAACUCAGGGCCUCAUCCAAUUUGCAACAAAUUAUUCAAAGAGUGGCAUUGUUAGACUUCGAGAAAUUUUUACUCCGGGGACGCUUGAGGUGCCAAAGACACAAGUGGCACUCAAGGAACUUGAAUCUAUUCACAAGGUUUUGGGGCUAUAUGUGUGGUUAAGUUUUCGAUUAGAAGACAGCUUUCCAGACCGUGAGCUGGCUGCAUCACAGAAUGCUAUUUGCAGCAUGUUGAUUGAGGAUUUCUUGGAAAGACUAGGGUGGCAGAAACCAAUGUCAAGAAUGUUGCCUCACCAACACCAAAGAAGCAGCCUCUUGAAUUCACAGUUAUUCCAAGUUGCCACAACAGAAUAUUAGCCAUUUUCUGUUAACACAGAAAAACGACCACUACAGUAGGAAUCCUCAAGAAGAAAACUAGAUUUCAUAAUUCUUUAUGAGAAGACAAAGGUCAUUGUCCUCACUACUACUAUACGAGCAUUCAGCAUAGUUACUGAGCAAAAUAGAGCUGUUGAUUUCUCACUAUUAGUAGCAUGCUUGGGGGUUUCUGUGGAUUGAGAGAUUCCUGUGCAGCUUCUACAGAUUCUUCCUCGCACCAUGUUGUUAACCUUUAGGAGUUAAUUCCUUCCUUGUAUGAUUAUUCCCUCCAUUUGAUUUUAAAAAAUUAAAAUAGAAAAGGUCAUUUUGUCAUUUACAAUAAGAAUUCCCAUUAAAAUUGUCUUAUUAUUACUCCCUUUGUCUUAUUUUAUCUGGCAUAUAUACUAUAUAUUCUAUUCAUUAGUCAAA